AUGAUUGCAACCAACAGUUCAAAAGAAAAUGUCUUGAUAAUAAACAAGGGGGAUGCAAUUCCGGUGCCACUGGGAGGUGUCUCAUGGUGGUUCAACGGCGGAGACUCAGACGUGGUCAUUGUCUUCUUGGGUGACACUACCGAGGCUCAUACACCUGGCCAGUUUACCUAUUUCUUCGUGGCAGGAACCCUAGGUAUCCUGCUGGGUUUAUCAACCGAAUUUGUCAGCAGAGUUUAUAACAUAAAUGAAGAAGAAGCUCACUUGCUCAUGAACAGCCAAACCGGUGUUUUGAUUGUUAAACUUGAAGAAGACACCAAAGUGCAGGCAGGGAAGCUUUUUGUUGUGCCCAAAUUCUUCAAUGUUUCAGUAAUUGCAGAAGGAGAAGGAAUGGGAGUUUUCUCUAUCCAAACAUCUCCAAAACCUUUAUUUGGGCAAUUAGAUGGGAAAACAUCGGAAAGAGGUGUUGGAUGUGCAAAGAAAUCUCCUUUAGGUUUGAACAUUGUUAGUUCAAACCCACCCAAUGCAACCCAAGUAUGGCCCAAGAUGGGCCACACUCUUUUGACACGUGGUUACGUUUUGGGCAAAAGAUUGGCCCACACUAUUUUGGAAUUGGACUAA